UGCCCACGCGCACCGUGUCUCGCGCUCCCUCUCUCUCUCCGUCAACACGGAGCACGCGGACGUCUCCGCUGAGGGCUCGUGCAGCGGUCCUCUACUUCCACACACACGAAGCGGCUCCUCCAGCCUCGCGCGCACAGCCUCGCAGCAUCCUGAUACAACUUUACCCCCCCUCACCCUCCCCGGUCCUCUGAGAGCCCUCCCUCUCCUCUCUCUCACCCCAGCCCGGACCAGGAGUCUCUUCUCUGGAGUUACAGCAGGUCUGCUCGUCUCGUCUUGUUGUUGUGUACUUCGUGGCUCCGCAUGGAGGUGGAGGAGUCAGCGGUAGUAGGAAGGGGGAUGAGGUCUCUGCCGGGGAUCCGGGUCCGGGACCCACCGACUCCAGUGAUGCCGAACCACAACCAGAGGAAGGUCAAAGCGAGGCGGAAAAGACGGAAGGAGUUGGUUCUGAUCCAGAUCUGCUUGUUCGGAGGCUUGCUGCUGCUCGUGAAGGGUUUCUCCUACUUAACGGGACAUUCAGGUCUCCAUGUCUCCAGCCACAGCAGCGACGACCAGGAGAGAUGGGGAGGGAGGAGGCUACUGCAGGAGACGGACAACAGCAGCCUGGAGGAAAUGGAGGAGAGAGAAGGAUCUAAGAACUGCACUGCUCCAGCUCUGCACGAGUUCCCUACAGACCUGUUCACACACAAAGAGAGAACAGAAGGAGCUGUGGCGCUGCAUGUCCUGUGUACCAUUUACAUGUUCUGUGCCCUGGCCCUCGUCUGUGAUGACUACUUCGUCCCCUCGCUGGAGAAGUUGUGUGAGCGUCUUGAGCUCAGCGAGGACGUAGCAGGCGCCACCUUCAUGGCCGCCGGCAGCUCAGCUCCCGAGCUCUUCACAUCCGUCAUAGGGGUGUUCAUCACAAAAGGUGACGUGGGUGUGGGGACCAUCGUGGGUUCAGCCGUCUUCAACAUCCUCUGCAUCAUCGGUGUGUGUGGCUUCUUCGCCGGCCAGGCAGUGAAGCUCUCUCAUUGGGCUCUACUCCGAGAUUCAAUUUAUUACACAUUUGCUAUCACGGCCCUCAUUGUGUUCAUCUACGAUGAGCAGGUGUGCUGGUGGGAGUCUCUUGUCCUGAUUCUCAUGUAUGCAGUCUACAUCCUCAUCAUGAAGUUUAAUGGCAGGGCACAUCGCUACUUUGACCGUCGAAAGAAGAGCUCUGUGAAUCUGUCCAACGGGCUUACAGGAAGCACUGAUCUGGAGGACAAUGUCACGUGCGAUGCCACUGCAGUCCUGCUCAAGAAAGCUAACUUCCACAGUAAGCCGUCUGUGCUGAUGGUGGACGAGCUGCUGUCCGCGUACCCCCACCAGCUGUCUUUCUCCGAGGCCGGCAUGAGGAUCAUGAUCACCAGUCACUUCUCCCCCAGAACCCGCCUCACCAUGGCCUCUCGCAUGCUCAUCAAUGAGAGACAAAGAGUGAUCAACACCACUGAGACUCGAGUCAACCGCAUCACUAACGGCGACUCUGACUCCGCCGCCAGGGCUCAGGGGAGGCGGGGCUUAGAGAACGGGAUGGGCGGGGCUGAGCAGGGGCUGAACGGGAGGUGUAGACUUCAGCGACUGGAGUCCGGGAACGAGACGGAGAACGAAAAUGAGGACAAUGAGAACAAUGAGAACGACGAGGAAGGAGAGGGAGAGGACGACGAUAACGGCCCCCUGGUGCCUUUCAAAGUUCCAGCUGGGGGGUGUAACAAGCUGAAGUGGAUUGUAAUGUGGCCGCUGUCCCUGCUUCUGUUCCUCACCGUGCCCAACUGUUCCAAGCGGCGCUGGGAGAGAUGGUUCAUGGUCUCCUUCUUCACCGCCACCGUCUGGAUCGCUGGUCUCUCCUACAUCAUGGUCUGGAUGGUGACUGUGAUCGGCUUCACUCUAGGCAUUCCAGACGUCAUCAUGGGCAUCACCUUCCUAGCAGCAGGCACCAGCGUCCCAGACUGCAUGGCUAGUGUUAUAGUCGCACGGCAAGGUCUGGGAGACAUGGCCAUCUCCAACUCCAUAGGCAGUAAUGUGUUUGACAUCCUGGUGGGCCUGGGCCUGCCCUGGAUGCUGCAAACCCUCUGCAUCGACUACGGCUCCAUCAUCCAUCUUAACAGCAGAGGACUCAUAUUCUCUGUCGGACUCCUGCUAGCCUCAGUAUUCGUCACAGUUCUCGGCGUCCAUUUGAACAAAUGGACUCUGGACUGGCGACUGGGCUUGGCCUGCAUCAUCUUGUACGCCAUCUUUCUAUCCUUCUCCAUCCUCAUCGAGUUCAACGUCUUCAUCUUCGUCAACCUCCCUAUGUGUCGAGACAUCCACUGACAUCGAGACACUCCUCCUCUUCUUCUUCCUUUUUCUUCUUCUUCUUCGUCGUCUUCUUCCUCCGGUUAAUGGAGGAAACCUCACCUGGCUUCCAGUUUCUCGGCUCCUUGAAACCAAGUCCUACCUUUUAUUGUUUUCAAAUAGAGAAAUAGAGCUCUGUAUGAUUUACCUUUGGUGCAAUACACACAAGACAGAAGACACCGGAAGUUUUCUUUUUGGGGACCGGACGGGAGGCGUGAACAGAAAGUCCCAGCAGCAGAGAUUGCUGCCGAUCGUCUCGUGAACCGACAGGUUGGCCGGAGUGAACUUAACUGUGCUAACACCGACAGUUAGGCUACUGUUGGUGAAGAAGCUGCUACUGUAACUGACUGACUGGCGGAAAAGAGAGAGAAAUCCUGCGCUAACAGCGACUUUUAGCUGGAUUGUUUGUUACUCUUUGUACAAGUUUGGAUAUAAGCACACGAUUAAGGUAUUUUUAAGUAAAAACUGGCUUUCUCUGUAUAUAAUUGAGGAUUAUAUAAGUACUAAUAUUAGCUGAUUUAUGGGAUUCUCUUAUGCACAACUGGAUCAGUCUUGCCAAGCUGAACGAUCCGAUGACAGUGACAAUAAAUAGUAUGUUUCACUUUAGCGAUUUUGGUCUGCCGGUAAUACUCUGGAGAUGCUUCGAGAUGUCUCCCAAUGCUCGGUACCAGCCGACAGAGCAUGCUGUACUAACACAAGUCAAUUCUAGCUUUGCACUGACAGAGAGAAUCUAGAUAUUUAACACACUAUUAUUCACAUAGAGUCUAUUCUUGUUUGUUUGUCUCUCUACAGGCCUAAACCCAGUACAUGUGGGAUUUAUUUUCCUUUUAAUAAAACCCACAUAGGAAAAGGGAUCUGCCUGGAACCGGCAUCCAGCACUGUCACUUUAUUGAUUAGAGAUAUUAUUAUUCUAUCAUGGCAAAGCGUCUACAGGUAAACAUAGAACUACUGAAUUUAAAGUUCCCUCUAGACAGUAGACCUCUUGUACAUAUUACAGAAUUAGUUUUUAAGUCUCUGAGUUGAGUAUAACAUUGUUACUUCUUAAAGCCAAAAGUAUUUUUAGAAUAGGAGUAAAAUGAGUCUUAGAUUUGGACUUAAGAGUCAGCUUGAGUGCACAGUGUGUGCAUGCAUGUGUGUAUGUGUGUGCGUGUGUGUGUGUGUGUGUGUGUGUGUGUGUGUGUGUGUGUACACGUGUGUCACAGUCUCGAGGGGAACCAAGGAAAUCACUGUUACUGGAAAAGACAUAAUCAUGAUUUAUUUAUGAAUUAAUUUAUUCAAAGAUCAUGUCUGAGCACCAGUUUCAGCCCUUCGGAUCAUGUACAGUGUAUUUAACGGAAGGUCCUCCGCUCUCUGACGACGGAGCUGUACUAUGUACUGUACCUAAUAUAUAAUCUAAGUACUGGAAACUGACUUGAUGUUGUUUAUAUUUAAGAAUAGAACUUUAUAAUUUAUAAGUUUUUGUAUAGUUUGGAAAGAUAUUUCAACGUUUGUAUGUCGGUACAAACACGGCGGUGUUUGACGACGAUGCUCGGACGGAGGGGUUGAGUUGCCGUGGAGAUGGACUGAAAAUGCUAAAUCUUUAUCACAUGGGUGGAAUGUGUUGCUAUUCUCCUCGUGUGUUGAUUUGAGUGAUGAUGAAUCGUGGAUGUGAAAGAUUCACUUUCAGAUAAAAAGGAAGCGAUGGAUGGCACACCGACCUUUGAACUUUCACAACACAUUGUUUCUUAAACACAGUGCUUUAACUCUCGUGCCAUCCCCCUUUGUAUUUGAGGCUUCAAAACCAACGCUUGUGGCCAUUCUCCUGCUUGUGUUUGAGCCAAAAAACAUCUUCGUCAACAGUAUUGCCACUCUGUUUCAGCAUGUGUUCAAACAAAAUGUGGAAGAAAUGUAUUUUUAUUUUUAACCUUGAAGGAUUCUUAUAGAGAAAUCUCAUGUUAAAUAGAGUUGCAGAUUAAUUCAAAGCAUCCCUCCUAUAGGUUGUUGACGCUCCUCCUGCAGCCACAGGAGAGCGCUGUAGAGCUGUGGUACUGUCUUCAGAGACGGCUGUUAUUUUAACACACUCAGUAGAAAGUGGUUUCGGGUAUAUUUUCCAGGUAGGCUACGUAGAGAUAAAAUACUGAUCUGUUUUGCAUGCCUCUUUCAUAAUUCAGAUUAUUUUGUGUGUAAUUUUAAUGCAUUUCCAAGAUCAAAAAAGGCACUGUCUUGAUUAUGCUGUACAUAUCAGAGGGAUAUGCUAUUAGGAACACAGAUGUUGGAAUAACUUCUGAUGAGCAGUUAUAUUUGAGAUAUAUACUGUAUUUAGAAUGUAGGCCUACAACGGUUAGUUUUCAGCUAAUUAAUGUCGUUUUAUGCUCAUGUCUUUGGAAUUGUUUGUAAAUCCUCAUUUUUGUUGACGAGGACCUCUGGGCAGAGCUCCGAGCCAGAGAGAGAGAUGAAGAUGUUGGCCUUGUCCCCCAGUGGUCUUCUUGCAAUAAACUGAUUUACACACACA